UGACAUAUUUAACACUACCCGGGCACUUGCAGAUUUGUCAACAAACUAGGAAUUGGAAUUUACGAGUUCUUCCAUAUUUCAACUACUCAAAAACUGUUAACAAUUUAAAAAAUCGAUACAUAUAAUAUUUAUAGAUGAAUUGGCUCAGUAAAGUGUGCCAAACAUAUCUUUUUAAAGUUUAAUGGGGCGUUUCCAUUGUGCAAAAAGUGAAAUGUACUGAUGAAGUUGACAAUUCAUAUUUUUUUAAGUAUACACAUAUAUACUCUUAAAUGGUAUUUUAGUUAAAUUGAAAAAUUAAACGAGUUUACAGUUUCCAACCAGGAGCAAUGAAUAAGGACCCUUAAUAUUGAUAUGACUAAUCAAAAAAGCAUGUGCAUAUUAGUAGUAAAUACAAAAUAAUGAAAUAGUAUGCUGUCAAAGAAAAAAGAAUCAUCAUCAGGUAUCAACGAUGGUAUUGCAGGGAAAUAUGUCAAGAGAGACACACCUCCUAUGCUCAGAAAUUAUCACACACCUGUACGUCAAACUGUCAGACGAAGUGUAAAAACUCCAGCGUUUUAUGCACCACAACAAGCAGCAACAAAUUUAAUAUCAUACAGACCUCCAAGUGUGCAUCCACCACCGACAAACCAUGAUCUCCGUAAUUUUCCACAAACACAACGUCCAUCUAGAUUACCUAGUCAAACUUUUGGUCAUCUUUCAACAGGUAUACAAAACCUUAACAUAUCGGAGAGGAAUGCUCAAACAGGUUCAAAUAGUUCGUUAGAAACUGGAUCAGAAAGUGGUCAGUCUUCAUCAUCUGGAUACCAAUCAGGAAAUACUGGUGUCAGAAAGUUGUCUGGAAAUGUUCCAAGUUUGGGAACUGUUGGAGAAGAUUUUGAUGACAACUCAAAUUAUUACCAUGGCAACUUCAACACAGAGGCUUACAGCCAGUAUGAUGAGAAUUAUCAGAUACAACAACAUCACCAGGAGAUUAGAAAUCUGUAUGCUCAGAAAAAUAUGUCAACCCAGCAGAAUUUAUACACAUCUGCCCAGAGAGACAAUCCAAUUACAGUAACAUCAGCUUCAGGUGGAUUUUGUGGACAAGACAUGCUAUUACCUCAUGGAUGGUCAAUUGACUGGACAGUCCGAGGACGCAAAUAUUACAUUGACCACAAUACUCACACCACACACUGGAGUCAUCCAUUAGAGAAGGAGAGUCUUCCUACUGGUUGGGAGAGGAUAGAAUCAAAAGAAUUUGGAGUGUAUUAUGUCAAUCAUAUAAAGAAAACAGCUCAGUAUCCUCAUCCAUGUGCACAAAGUAUACCAAACAUGCACAGUUUCCAACAUCCAUUACCAGGUGCAUUGGAGUACAGACCAUCUAUAGCUAGACAGCCCAAUGUUCUAGUCCCAGCGAACCCAUAUCUAAAUUCAGCAAUUCCUCAAUGGUUACAUGUAUACUCUAGAGGUGCUCCUGAACAUGACCAUAAACUAAAGUGGGAUUUAUUCCGUUUAAAUGAACUAGAACAUUUUGAUGCCUUGCUAGUACGAUUGAAUAGACAAGAUAUAGAAGACAUUGUCCUGAAAUAUGAACAUUUUAGAUCGGCUUUGGUGAUAGAAAUGGAAAGAAGAAGGCAGGAAAAAGAAAUUGAGAUGCUAAAACAAUCAGUUGAAAAUCCACAGCUUCCUGUAUCAACGACUGGGAAUAAAAUGUUACCUUUCUCUAUAAUGAACAAUCCAAUGGGGCAAAAUUUUCCAAUAAAUCCAAUGGGGAACGAUCAGUUUCUGUCUCAAAAACCUGAAUCUAAGCAAAUGUUGUACAUGCAAAGUCAUGUUAAUGAACAACCUAAGACUUCUGUGAUAUCAAAUGAUCAUCCUCGUGUUGGACAACCACAGUUGAUAUACAGUCAGCCUACAGCAAUGUAUGGUCCCAACAGGAUAAUGGUCAAUCGAGAUCUAGAACAAGAACAUUUAGAACUUCAACGAGAGAUGCAAUUACAGUCACAACAACAACAAAGAAUUCAACAUCUUCAACAACAGUAUCAGCAGCUUUUACAACAGUACCAUGCCCAGCAUAAUCAACCUUUGAAUUCACCUACCACCGCUAAUGUCUCUGUUUAUUCACCUUCAAUACAAUAUAGACAACCCAUGCAACAAGUUCAACUCAGACAACCAGUAACGCAGCCACAGUUACAGUCUCAUAUGCAAAUGCAUAGGCCUCCACCUUCCCUUUCUCCUGCAAUGCAGGAUCAAACAGUUUAUGGACAGCUGCAGCCUCAAUCUAUGCAAAUUAUGAGGUACCAGCAACCCCCUGUUCACAUCCAACAAUCUGUGCCUUUCAUACAGCAGCCAAUUCUUUCUCACCAUGGUCAAUCAACAACAUCUCAGCAACAGGUGAACUUAACACAGCAUAUUACACAAUCAGCACCUCAGUCUCAAGGAAACCCUAGUCAACUUAUCAACCAAUCAGCUCCUCAGUUGCAAAAUUCUUCUCAACAUAUCAACCAAUCAACACAGCACUCUCAACAAAACAUGCAUAUGAUACAGAAUGAGCAGUCAGGCAUUACAGCAGCUCAGGGUCAACAGACAUCUAGAGCAUUAACUCAGAAUAUUGAAACAAAAGUUUAAUGUUAGUACUGGUUAACUUCAUAGGCAUUUAUAAACUGAUUCUGCAUUUCAUUUCAUUUUUCAAUCAAAUCAAAAUAAAUUGCAAUUCUGUUAAACAUUUGAUUGUAAGCAGAAAUGUAUUUUGUAACUUUUAUAAUAUUUUAUGUUAGCACAUAGGAAAAAAGAUCAAACCUGAAUCUUAAAAUACUGUUUUAAUUUUAUUUGGUUAAUAGCAUAUUUAUUUAUUUAUUUUUUUGCUAACAUUUGUUUAUGAAAUCUUUCUGCUGUUGAUCUCAAAUUAAUUUGAUAUUUUGUACUUGAAACUUGUCUUAUUUGUUGUGAUGGUUUUUAUGAUCUGUCUCAUUAUUUAAUAUGAUAGAACUAUUGAAAUCUGAUUCUAAUACAUAUCCUGUGUCUAAGCUUUGUCUAAAAGGAUCUAAGAUGCUCAGUUCUCUUUUCAGCUUUAAAGACAUUUAAGGGGGUCUCAUUGGGGGUUCUGAUCUCAGAUCCCACUUACGGUACUGUUUUGUCAGAUUCCCGUAUCCCGCUUACACUAUGAACGUAAGCAAUUCUCAUUUUUUUGUAAAUUCCUGUGUCCCGCUAGACUUCAUUUCCCGUUUUCACUGCACUAUAAUUUGACUUUCAUGCUUACAAAAAUACAGCAAUGAGACCCAAAUUAAGGAUCAUCUGGUUUUUAAAAAAAUUUGAAGGCUAAAAUUUCAUUACAAAAUUGGCCAAUCACCAGAACAAAAAGAGAAAUGGACUGUUGUCUUUGUAAGGAAAGCUUGAACUCCAGAUCUAUAUUGUAAUCAGAUUGUAACUAUUCCAUAAGUUAUUAUGUACUGUUACUGGUACGUAAAUGUUUAAAGAAUUUUGGCUACUUAUUUUCUUAAUCAUGCUUACUGAAAUCUUUUUUAUGUCGGUAUCAGAAAUAUGAUCUAUAUGCUUUUAGGUCUGUUCUAUUUUGCUAUAAUGUGCAGAGCUGGGAUGGAUCUAGUCCAAAUAAAUAUGACGUCUUGAAAGGUUAUUUAUUUUUUUUGCUUUGACGAAUUAUAUCCUUUCAAGAUGUCAUAAUUAUUUGGACUAGGAUGGAUCAAAUUCUUCAGCAUAGCAUGGCAAAUAGUUGUCAUCAUUUGUACUUCUAAAUAGUACAAACUUACAUUCAAUUACGGAAAAGUCUGUAAAAGGUCUAUAUUUUUAUAUACUAGUAAAUGAAAUGGAUUGAUAUGAAUUGGCUGCUUUUUAAAUGUAUGAUCUUCGUACACAUGUUAUUCUCAAAUUCAGCUUGGUGCUUUUUUUCUUUAUAACCUUUUCAUUGUGCUGUUCCAAUCCUGUUUAGAUGUAAGACAUACUUGUGAGUGAAACAUUA